AUGUUUGAUGAGGCUGAUGGAGAUUAUGUUGAAUAGACACCUUAAGAUGAUGGACUGGUGGAUGUGGAAGUCAUUGUGAACAAGGAGAGGCAAUAUCAACAGGAAUUGUUGCAAGUGCUGAAAUGGAAGGAGGAUGAACAUAAAGGAUUGCGACAAGAAUUAGGAGAGAUUAAGUGCAAAAUAGAGCAAAUCCAAUUAAAGUACGAAAUACCUAUGGUUGAUCCCUACCUCAGAGAAUACAUUUAGGAAUUGGGCGAAUAACAAUUAUUCGACUUAGAGUCCCAAAGAUAAGAAUUAAAAGGAGAGAAGCAAGGCAAAAUUGAAUAAUUGAGAUAAUUACAAUAGGCCAAGAAUUAAAUAAAAUUAUUCUUUACAUAAACUGAGAUUUCAAGCUAUUUACAAAUUUCAUACAAAAACAUGUUAGAAAAUCUUAAUUAAGAGUUAUUCUAAUAUAUGCAGGAGAGAGCAGACUUGGAAGACGAACAAUUUAGUUUCGACAAAAGACUCAAAUCUCUUAGAUCUUAAAUUAGAGAAGUUACUGAGAAGAAUCAAAAAAUUAUUCAAUAAAUAGAGAAUAGCAAAUAAAUUGAAUGA